AAAAAUAUCCAAGAUGAGUUUUGCCAUACAUGAUUCCGUCAUUGUUAUGUGCUCGGGUAACAAUGUUAGUGUUUACAAUUUGGAGACGAAAGAAGACGAAGCUAUUAUUUUACCAAAAUUGGAAGGAGAAAAGGAAAUAAAAGCUCAUAAUAGAGAAGAUAUCGAAUCAUUUCACGCAUUAACUCGUGUGUCAUUCUCAAGUGAUGGGCAGUAUUUUUUUAUAUGCACCAAUCGAAAACAACUCUGCUUGUAUAGAAAAAAUAAUUUUGAGUUGAUCUCAAAUCGAACAAUGAGCAGAGCGGCAAGCAGUGUAAAGUUUCUUCCAAAUAAUGACAUAGUGGUUGCUGAUAAAUCUGGAGAUGUUUAUUUAUUUUCUACUUCAUCGCCCAGCCAAAAUGGACAUCUAUUGUUUGGACAUUUAUCCAUGUUACUUGAUAUUGCUGUAACUAAUGAUCAAAAAUAUAUUAUAUCAGCGGAUCGAGAUGAAAAGAUUAGAAUAUCCAUGUAUCCAAAUUGUUAUAACAUAGUAUCCUAUUGCUUGGGACAUAAAAACUUUGUAACUAAUGUUGGUAUUAUAUCUCACCAUGAAGAUAUUAUGAUCUCUAGUGGUGGAGAUGGAAUGUUAAUGUUUUGGGAUUAUAAAAAAGGAAACAAAAUUUUCACUACAUGUUUCCAUGAGAAACUUCUGAAAAAUGAUCUGCUUAAAUUAAGCGAAACUCUGAAAGAAAAUGAUCUAGAUAUUGACGUCACUGUUUCACCAGUUAAAAUAAUGCAAUUAUUAAAAAUUUCUAAUCAAGCAUCUUUGAUCAUAUUGACCUUUUACUGUAGUAAUAAUGUUUUGAUUUAUAAAGUUUCAAAUGGUAUGAAUGAUCUUAAAGUUGAUUUUGUAGAUACUCUUGUAGUAGAUACAGAACCAAUGGAAUGUCAUGUCUAUGAAAAUAAGUUAUGGAUCUUGUUAGAUUCUACAGUUCAAAUUUUUAAAUUACAAGAAUCUCACUUUAUUUAUGAUGAUCAGUCAAGUGAAGAUAUGAAUAACUUGAAUAAAUUGUGGAAUAAUGUAAAUAAUGUAAAUGUACCAACAUUGUUACCUGUUCUGUACAAAAGAAAAUUUGAUAAUGUUCAAGAGUAUCAAGAGAAAAAAAAAGCAAGACUAAUAAAAUAA